CAAAAAACACCACACCUCUACUCCCAAAUCCCAACUCAAACGCGUCGUCGAAACCCCGAGAGAAUAAAAAGAGGAAAGGAAAUUUUUUUUCAAAACCUCCCCAAACCCUCGCCUCCCCGCCGCCGCCAUGGACAGGGCACCGCCGCGCGGCGCCCCCCGCGACGCCGUCGGCCAGCGGUGGCUCGCCGCCUUCGUCUUCCAGGCCGCGCUCUCGGCCGCGGCCUCCGCGCUCUACCUCGCCGCCUCCCCGCGCCGCCGCGGCCGCCACUCCCGCCUCGGCGUGCCCCCCGGCCUCCUCCUGGCGCUCCACCCGUUCCUCUCGUGCGCCGCCACGGGGCUCCUCGCGCUCGCCUUCCUCGUCUCCGCGUCCCCGCACCCGCGACCUCCACCGGUGCCGCGCCGCGCCCUCGCGGGGUCCCUCCUCGCCGCCGCCGGCGCGCUCUGCGUGGGGGCCGCCGCGUCGCUGGUCCCCGAGGAAUCUGGGUGGGCGGCUGUCGCUGGGCUAGGGUUCCGCGGUGCUGUAUUGGGAGCGGUGUUCGCCGCGCACUACUUUGUGCGUCGGAGGUGGUUGCUGCAGUUCCCCGUUGUGCAGCGACCUCCGUUCUAUGGUUUGAAAAUGGGGCUUCUGCCAUCUGGAAAAAGGGCUCUGAAGGUGUCACUUCAGGCCUUUUUCCUUUCCUUUAUCCUGAUUUUCGUUCUGCCUCAGCAAUUCAGAAUCAAGGGAUCCAUUGGAAGCCAAAUUAGUACCCAGAUUGGUAUUUUUAUAAUGGGUAUUGCUGUUUCCUUCUGUUGGGAAUUAAGUCAUCAUUUUGUGCAGGUUGUGCAUACAAGAAGGUGCAGUUUCGCUCCACCGCAGAGCACUGCUGCUGCAGAGACUAAUCCUACUGAGUAUAUCCUAGAAGCAUUGGAACUGAGUGAUCCAAGAUCAUUAAUGCAGUAUCUUGCAUACCAAGAUUUAUGUGCUGUAUCUGAGUGUAACUUAGAACCAUGGCGUCGAGGGGCCUUCUUUGAGGAAUCUGGUGAGACAUACAAAAGAAUUGUGACAGCCUGUUUGAAGCCGCUUGAGGAGUUCACAUCAAAAAUUGCUGAAGCUCUUGAAGGUUUUUCUAGUGAAAAACCAGAGUUGUUGUCACAACAAUUCAAACUAGCCAGUGCAUUUAAUGAUUCACAGAUAUGCACCUGGUGUGCUCGGACAUUGGCAUCUUUAACUGCACGCUCACGCCAAGAAGAUCGGUAUGGAGUUGCUCAACUCACAGGCUGCAAUGCCGCUGUGAUGUCUACUUUGCUGUCUGCGCUAGUUGCAGUUGAGGCAUGUUUGGGGAAGAAAACUAAUCCACAACCUACGCACUCACUGGGUCCAGCAAGUAUUAAGUGGGCUAACUUUUCCACCGGGAGAAAAGGCAAUGUAACUGCCAUUGCAAGCACGCAAAGAGGUGGUCUUCACACUAAAGCUUAUUCCAUGGCUGAUGUGCUUAGAACUUCCAUCUAUCAGAUGGUUUCAGCCUUUGAGGAUGACAUGCGGGCAAAUGCAAAAGCAUCAAGUUUGGAGAAGAAUUGGAUUGGUGAAGGAAGAAAACCUGUAUUUGGUUCACAUGCUGUGUUGGUUCAGAAGUUAAGCCUGUUCAUUGAAUACCGUGCUGUCUGAACUUGGCAUCCUGUCCCAAGUAGACCUAAACUAUACUUGGAUGAAGGUUCUUUUGUUUUGGAUGGGAGAGUUUGUUUGACUAUCAAUCUUUGGAACAGGUUAUGCUA